CAUUUAUGGGAGAUGUAUCAUACUUUGAGCACAAGGUGGUGCUAUUACACAACACAAAAGAAAUAGUCAAGGACCAGAAACUGCUCUCCAGGAGGCCUGUGUCCAUGAGACAAAGGAAUCUCAAGGAGAAAGACAGCAGAUCUUCGUUACAAGCAAAUAUUUAGAAAUUGUGGGUGGAAAAGGCACCAUAACCAUUUCUAGAUUUAAAUACAGGAUAAAGGAUUUGUCUUGCAAACAUACACUAGACAAUCAACUGUGGCAGUUGUGUUAGAAAGAAUCACCCUGCAUUUCAGAUUUGACUGGAGGAGAGGCUGGAGGAAUGGAAAUGCAUCUCAACCUCAGGCAAGUUAUAUUUUCCUUAUAUCUCUGUGCAUGUGUAGCAAUGUGUGAGUCCUUCCGCUAUUCAGUGCCAGAGGAAAAGAAAAGUGGGUUUCUGGUAGCGAAUGUGCUGAAGGAUUUGAAAGUAGAUGCAAAGGAUCUGUCUGCUCGGAGAGCCCGGCUGGUUUCUAAGAGCUCCAAGCAGUAUUUCCAGCUGGAUCCACAUUCUGGGGAUUUGAUAUUAAAGGAUAAAAUAGAUCGGGAGACCCUGUGUGGUCAGAAUGAACCUUGUCUUCUACUCUCUGAAAUCUUGCUGGAAAAUCCAUGGCAGCUGCAUAGAAUUGAAGUUCAGAUAGAGGAUGUGAAUGAUAAUACCCCCCAAUUCUCUAAAAAUCAAUUCCUUCUUGAAAUACCUGAGCAGACUCCUGUGGGUAUCAGAUUCCCUUUGGAAAGAGCAGAAGAUACAGACAAGGGAGAAAAUGCUGUUCAGAACUACACUCUUAGUCCUAAUGAACAUUUUCGGCUGAAUGUGAAAAGUCACAGUGAUGGUAGCAAAUACGCAGAACUGGUGUUAGAGAAACCGCUAGACCGUGAGGUGAAUCCAAACCUUUAUCUUACGCUGUCAGCAGUUGAUGAAGGGAUCCCAAAAAGAACCGGAACAGCACAAAUAAUCAUUGAUGUUCUGGAUAACAAUGAUAAUUUCCCCCAAUUUGAACAAUCUGUGUACAAAGUGACACUAAUGGAGAACAGCCCAUUGGAUACACUGGUCACAAGAGUUGAAGCCACUGACAGGGAUUUUGGUGCCAAUGCUCACAUCACUUACUCGUUCAGCCAAGUGCCAGAAAAUGUGCUGAAAUUGUUCAAGUUAAAUAAGGACACUGGAGAACUUACUCUUACAGGGACAAUUGAUUAUGAAGAAAACAAAAAUUAUGAGAUGAACAUCAGAGCUACAGAUGGAGGGGGACUUUCUGCUUACUGCAAAGUCACUGUAGAGAUUGAGGAUGAAAACGACAAUGCUCCAGAGAUUAUCAUCACAUCCAUCACCAGUCCCUUACCUGAGGACGCUCCCCUAGACACAUUGGUGGCCCUCUUCAGUGUCACAGACGUGGACUCUGGAGACAGUGGCAGAACUGCCUGCACCACUGAAGUAAACCUGCCAUUUGUGCUCAAACCCACAGAGAACAACUAUUACCAGCUGGUGACCCAACAACCAUUGGACAGAGAACAAGCUUCCGAGUAUAAUAUCACCAUCACGGCCACUGACAGAGGCUCUCCCAGACUCACCUCCACAAGAAUACUUCAUGUUCAAAUCUCAGAUGUCAAUGACAACCCCCCAGUGUUUGAAAAGCCAUUCUAUGAAAUGCAGCUAAGAGAAAACAAUAUUCCUGGUCUUCUGAUCAACUCGGUCCAUGCUGUUGAUCUGGACACAGCGCAGAAUGCCAAAGUGACCUACUGGCUUUUGCCUGGGAAGGUCAAUGAUGGCCCCACAUCCUCUUACAUCUCCAUCAACUCUGAAACGGGGAACCUGUAUGCCAUCCGGUCUCUGGAUUAUGAGGAAGUAAAAGAUUUCCAUGUGACGGUGAGGGCUGUGGAUUCAGGUUCCCCUCCACUGAGCUCAGAGGUUACGAUCCGCGUUCAGGUCGUGGAUGAAAAUGACAAUGCCCCCUUCAUCCUCUACCCUCUCCAGAAUGGCACUUCCCCCUCGAAUGACCUGGUUCCCCGAGGGGCAGAGACUGGCUACCUGGUCACCAAGGUGGUGGCUGUGGACAGGGAUUCUGCUCAGAACUCUUGGCUUUCCUAUCAGCUGCUGAAGGCCACAGAGCCGGGUCUGUUCACGGUGGGGGCCCAGAAUGGAGAAGUGACCACCCUGAGGCCAGUCAGCAACCGAGACGGCUUCAAGCAGAAUCUGAUUGUGGUCGUCCGAGACAACGGCCAUCCUCCCCAGUCCACCUCUGCCACGCUCAGAAUCCUUCUAGUGGACGGCUUCUCUGACCCUUAUCUGAAAAGUGUGGCUCUCCCAAAGGAGGAAACAGCGGAGGAGGAAGACCCCAGCCUGACUAUGUAUUUGAUCAUCUGCUUGGCUGCCAUCUCAAGCAUCUUUCUCAUUUCUGUAGUGGCGUUUGUUGUAAUCAAGUUGCAGAAACGUGAAAAGUUCAUAGGGACCUACAACUCUGCAGCCAAUUUCCCUGUGGGACCUGAUUCCCAGGAGAACUCUGCGGAUCCUUGUGCUGGAUCUCUAUCUCAGGCUUACAACUAUGAGGUGUGCUUAGCUGGUGGGUCUCUGAACAGCGAGUUCCGGUUUCUCAGGCCCCUAUUUCCUGUUUUCUCUGUGGAGCCUCCUAACACUCAGGUGAAUCCAAGGAGUUCCAAUGAUUCUGAAGGAGUCCCCAGUCAUGCAGGUGAAAGUCAACAUGUGGUUCAGGUGAGAAUAUAUUUUUCUUCAUUUUUAACAUUGCAAGGUAUGCGUAUGUUUAUUUCCAUGUCUGUACUAUAG